GUGUUUCAUGAGUGCUGUUAGAAGUAUCAUACAAAUUGCUGUGCGUGACACUUAACGGCGUGAAUAAAUUGCUCUGUAAGUGAAACUUCUUGGGAAAUUAAGAUGAGUCUUCAUUGGACACUUAUUGCAACCUUCUUGUACGUCGAAAUAGCUGUAGUUUCGCUAAUUUUAUUGUUGCUUGCAUCACGCCAGGGAUGGUAUAAAAUUAUAAUAUUGCGAUUUUUACAAGCUCUAAGUAAUCAAGCAUCAAUUUAUUUCCUUGUUCCGUUGCCUAUACUCGGCCUUUUUUGCCUGGACGCUAUCCGUGAGAUGAUAAAAUACUCCAGUCCGGAGACAAGAGAAGCAACCCACGCACAUCUUGAUGCAGAACUGCAGGUAAACAUGCGCCUGUUUCGAGCCCAACGUAAUUAUUACAUAUCAGGCUUUGCCCUGUUCUUGUGCAUAAUCAUCCAUCAGUUGUUGACUCUAAUAUCUGAACAGGCAUCGCUUCUGGCACAAAGUGAAGCAGCAAUGUGGCAGGUACUAUCUACUGCAGCAACCACACUGAGUUCGUUGGCACAAAAUCUGACAAGCGCGUACCAAAAUAACACAAAUGAAGCUCAUGAUAAGGAAGUAAUAGAGUUAAAGGAGAAACUGGCCAAAGCAGAGAAAUCAUUGGAGAGGGAAAAGGAGGAUAAGGAGACAUUGAAAAAUCAAGUAGUCUCUCUUAAUAAGAAAUAUGAUUGCUUGAAUGAAGAAUAUAGUGUACUUCAGGACAAGAUUGAUGCUGGAGAUGAACCCAAGAAGGAUGCAUAAGACUGUCAUAAUUAAUCAUAAUAGUCAUAUACCGUGAUGCCAUUUUCAGGGUCUAAAAUAAGCCUUUUAAUAUUGAUAAUAUUACUUUUAUCUAUUUGUACACUAAGAUAAGCCAGAAAAGUUAGUGGUGCUGUAGAUGUAUCGGUACCAUUUAACACAGUAUGACACACAAUUUUGGCAAACCAUUUAUUAAUGUAUGUUCUUGAAGAACUCAAUUCAUAUAGUUGUUCUUGAAAUAAUGUAAGGGUUUCUCUUGCUCAGAACUUUGUUGAAAAAUACUUAUGACCUUAAAAUAAUUUCAAUUAGUGGACCUUUGUCAGAAUGUGUUUUGGUGUUUUUAUUUGUA